CUACGCCGCGCAUUCAAGCAAAACAACAUAAUUCCCCGGUAUCAAUUGUCCCGCCAACAUGCAGCUGAAAACCACACAAAAGAUUGUGCUCCCGCCGUCGGCGGACAUGCACGUCCACCUGCGCCAGGGUGAGAUGAUGAAGCUCGUCACCCCGAUGAUCAGGCGUGGGGGAGUUGACACCGUCUUCGUCAUGCCCAACUUGCAGCCUCCUAUCCGAACGGUCGAGCGUGCUCUCGAGUACAAGUCGGAGCUCCAGGCCAUCGAGCCGAACGUGAACUACCUCAUGUCACUCUAUUUUCAUGCAGACCUUACCCCGGAAAUUGUUGCCAACGCAGCCAAGGCUGGAGUCGCAGGCAUCAAGGUCUACCCACAGGGCGUCACGACCAACUCGGACGCAGGCGUCGUCUCCCUCGACGGGUUCGAUGCUAUUUUCGAGGCUAUGCAAGAGCAUGAUCUAGUCCUUAACCUGCACGGCGAAGUCGUCGGCACGCCGACUGACGGGCUCACACACGAGGAGGCUUUCCUGCCCACACUCAAGUCUAUCCACAAUAAGUUCCCUAAACUUAGGAUUGUGCUUGAGCACUGCUCGACCGCCGCUGCUGUUGAAGCUGUCAAGAGCUGUGGCCCUUCUGUUGGAGCUACGAUCACGGCGCACCACCUCUAUCUCACAGGUGACAUGAGCAAUGUCGAUCCUCAUGCCUUUUGCAAGCCUAUCCCCAAGACGCCCCAGGAUAGGGACGCCCUCAUCAAGGCGGCAACGAGUGGCGACAGCAAGUUCUUCUUUGGCACCGACAGCGCGCCUCAUCCGCUCGCCGCCAAGAGCGCCCAAGGCAAGGCGCCUCCUGCCGGGGUCUUCACACAACCCUAUGCCACGCAGCUCGUAGUACGGGCCUUUGAGGAUGCUACGGAAAGGGGCAUCAUCGCGGAAUCGGACGUGACGCAGGAGAAGCUCGAGGGGUUCUUCAGCAAGUUCGGUCGCGCGUUCUACAAGCUCGCUGAUAACAGUGGGUCUAAAAUCGUCUUGGAGAGGAAGGGCGAGAAGAUCCCUACGAGUAUCCAGGGUGAGGGUCUGGAAGUGGGUAUCUCGAGGUCUGGGGAUGAGGUAUUCUCGCUGAGCUGGCAGGUGUAAACGAAUGUGAAAACUGCGAUGCCGGUCUAGGCGAAGCUUAUCGUGCCUUAUCGACAAUUCCGUCACUGGCGACCAGUGAUUGG